AUGCCACUGCGAUCUUUUGACAGAAAUGAGAAAGUGAAAGCAUGGACUGAAGCUUCUCUGAGUAAAAUAUUGCAACUGUCUGUUGCAAAACCAAUUCUACCUUAUAAUUAUCGAAAAGCGCCUGGAACGUGUUUCCCAACAGCGCCGACCCCCCGUGAGCAGGCGUCUGGCCGCGUCGUUGCGGCUCCGCAGGGAGACUUGUGGGCUUCUGACGCCCGCACGCCCACUCCCGCGCCCGCGCCCGCACUCACGCCCACGCCUACGCCCACGCUCACGCCCACGCCCACGGCCGCGCCCACGCCCGCGCCCACACCCACGCCCACGCCCACGCCCACGCUCGCGCUCAGGCCCUCGCUGCCCAGGGAAAUGGCCAACAGCAACUGCUGCCAGUUGGUUGAGUGCGAACGCCGUGCGCAGGCGCUGCUGGCGGCCGCCGCGACCCUCAGCCUGGCGACCCCGCGCGCGCAUGCGCAGACCCCGCUCGCAGACGAGCAGCGGCCCUACGAGUUCGGCUUCAACAUCGAGGGCUACCAGCACCGGCACGAGAAAAAAGAUGAACGCGGCAUCAUCAUGGGGCAGUUCGGCUUCAUCACGGCCGACGGCUACUACCGAGUGACGGUGUACGCCACCGAUGAGGACGGCAACUUCAAAAUCCUUGCCAUGCGGAGCAUCAAGGUUGGCUUCCAAAGCAACAGGUGUUGGAAGCGCCCGGGUCGCCGGGCUUCGCAGAGCGGCUUGCGAGCGCGCUGGCCGAGGGCGGGGCGCCGCCGGGCCCUUCGCCACCGCGGGCGGGCCCUUCGCCUGUCGCGCCGCCCCCCAGCGCUCGCCCGCCCGCCCCCUCUCCCCGGCCUACCGCCCGCCCGCCCUUUCUCCCCCGGCACGCCCACCGCCGCCGCACGCCCACCCACAGGCGGCCGCUGGUGCCCAACGGGUGCAGCCACUGCCACGUGCCACCACGACGCGGCCCCGCCCUUCGGGAGCCCGGGCCCCCGGCCCGGCCCCCCCGCGCUUCGCCGCAAGCCCCGACGCCCCGGCGGCGGGCGCUUCCGCCUGCGGCCGGAGCCGCCCCGCCCGCCGCCCCCGCCCCGCCCCGCGGCAGCGCCUCCGCGGCCGCAGCCCUCGCGACGGACCCUCUGGAGGGUUCGCGCCCGGGGCUCAGCCACCCGCGCCGGUCCUGCGACGGGCUCUCCCUCCCCCCCAGCGCGCUGCGCCCUUCGGGCCCGCCUUCGGGGGCAACGGCCCUCCACGCCGCGCUUCCGGCCGGGGGCGGGCGCGCUCACGGGCAGUGGGUUCGGCGGAGGCGCGGCGACGGAGGAGGGGGAUUCGGAGGCCUCAGGGGGCGGAGGAGGAGCAGGAAGUGGAGGAGGGUUCGGAAGCGGAAAUGGAGGGCGGGGGUGGAAAGUGGAGGAGGCUUCGAAGGUGGAAGUGGAGUCGGAGGUGGAAAUGGAGGAGGUUUCGGAAGGAUGGGAGCAAGUGGAGGGGGUAGUGGAAGUGGAGGCGGGGUGGAGGUGA